CACAUAUUGAGUAAAUAAGUAAGAACGAAGUAUCAAAUUGAUUAAAUGCGAAUCUCUAAAAAUGAAUGUCGACUCAACAAACAUGAUGGUCCUGGAAGUACUUCAAGGAGCCGCUAGCCAGAACCCAGAUGUGCUCAAACCAGCAGAGGCUAAACUUAAAGAAUGGGAAACACAACCAGGUUUCUAUACUACUUUAUUUAACGUUAUUUCCACGCAUUCAAUCGACGUCAACGUGCGGUGGAUAGCAGUGUUAUAUAUGAAGAACGGGCUCGAUAAGUACUGGAGAAAGAAUGCACCGAAUGCUAUAGCAGUAGAAGAAAAGAAUACUAUUAAACAAGGAUUGAUAUCAGAUUUUAUUGAACCGAUAUACCAAAUAGCGAUACAAAGAGCUGUGCUGGUUGCUAAGAUCGCUCGAAUGGACUGUCCAAAAGAAUGGCCUGAGCUGUUUCCUACUCUAUUAACAGCCGUUGAAAGUUCCGAUAGUUUAGUCCAGCAUCGAUCUCUCUUAACUUUACACCAUGUCGUCAAAGCAAUUUCUUCCAAACGUCUCGCUGGCGAUAGGAGAAUCUUUUAUGAAUUUACUUUAAACAUUUACAACUUUAUCUUGAAUCUGUGGAAUAACUAUACUGAGGCUUUUGUUAGGGAUAUUUCUGAAGGUGCUACACCCGAAAGUAUCACAGUAAACUUAGAAAAAGCUUUGUUGACUUUAAGAAUCUUACGAAAGCUUUCGGUUUUCGGCUUUUAUAAGCCGCACGAGAGCGAAAGUUGCAUGUCCUUUUUAAAAAUCCUAUUUGAGAAGGCCAAAGUUGUGUUGCAGUGUAGGAAACAACUUAAAGGAAAAGGUAUUUAUGUGCUCGAACUAUGUGAGAAGUUUAUAAUUCAUUUAACAAAGGUUUUACUAUCGGUUUUAGAUACCCAUCCCUUUUCUUUUAUAGAUUUUAUUCAACUGUCUCUAGAAUUCACAUUUUUUUAUCUAUUUACUGAUGAAGGUAUCAAUUUUGUGUUUGAAAGGUUUGUAAUUCAGUGUUUCAACUUGAUAAAAAACAUUUUGCUUUGUGUAGAAUAUAAAUCGGUCAAAUCUGAUUUGAAUAAAUAUCCAGAUACGGUCAAGGCGACAAAAAUCAAGCAGGAGUUUUUCCAACCUGAUAGAGUGGCAGAUAUGUGUCGAAAAUUAAUAGGACACUACUUCAUCUUGACGCAAGAUGAGCUGGAUACGUGGGAUUCUGAUCCGGAAGACUUCUCAAAUGACGAAAGUGGUGAUAGUUGGAAGUAUAGCUUGAGGCCCAGCACUGAUACGGUCUUCGUGACGAUUUUCCAUGAGUACAGGGACACAUUGACGCCUGUCGUUCUGGAACUAGUAGCAGAAACUAAUGUGCUGGUCUCUCCAAAUGAUAUGCAAGCUAUUUUAAAAAAAGAUGCAGUUUAUAACGCUGUGGGUUUAUGCGCUUUUGAUUUAUAUGACGCUAUAGAUUUCGAUGCGUGGUUUACCAAUACUUUGUACCAAGAACUGAAAGUGAAGGAUAAUAAUUACAGGGUGAUAAGACGUAGGGUGACAGCUUUAAUAGGUAGAUGGACUGGUAUUAAGUUAUCUAGCGAACUAAGACCAGUUUUGUACGAAUGUAUCAACAAUUUGCUUGAUCCGAAAGAGGAUAUGGCCGUAAGACUCACUGCUGCGUCUACUUUAAGGUACGCCAUCGACGAUUUCGAGUUCAAUUGUGAUCAAUUCAAAGACUACAUGUUUACCUCAUUUAAUUUACUAUUUACUUUGUUAAAAGAAGCUAGGGAAUGCGAAACUAAGAUGCAAGUGCUGAAUGUCAUGACAUUACUUUUAGAAAUAAUGGGCGGGGUGUUGCAGCUGGAGCUAGAUUCUUUAGUACAGUACCUUCCGUACCUCUGGCAAGAGUCAGAGGAGCACAAUAUGUUGAGGUGUGCUAUAGUUGCCACGUUGGUACAGCUGGUGAAAGCCUUAAAGGGAGUUAAACCAGAACUGAACCCGUUCUUGUUGCCGAUAAUUCAGUUGGGAACUGAUGUGUCUCAGAGUGCCAUUGUUUAUUUGUUAGAAGACUGCUUGACUCUUUGGAUGACGGUUUUAGAGUACUCCACAACUAUGUCAGAACCUCUUCUACAGCUCUUUAAUUGUAUGGGAUCUUUACUGGAGUAUUCUACAGAGAAUUUAAGACAUUGUUUGUUAAUUUCUUUGGUACAUUUGUUGCUAGCUCCGGAGUUGAUCAUGCGCACACAGGGCAUACAACUUAUGCAAGUUUGUGAUGGUAUAAUGGGAGAUUUAAAGAAUGAAGGAAUUGUAAUGUUGAUGAGGUUGGUAGAGACGUUCUUAAGAGCUUCACCAACACUGGGAGCGGAGACAACGCUUCCUAUAUUGCCGAGAAUAUUCGAAAAAAUUUACGUCGGGGAGAGCUACCCGAUGUUGUUGUCGAUGUACCUGUGUGUCAUGUCAAGGGUGCUGCUGUCAUCACACGAGGUUUUUACUAGAGUACUGAGUAAGUUAGCCCAAAGUAGUAGAGAGACUGAGCAGGUUAUAAUGUGCAAAUUGUUAGACAUGUGGCUGGAUAAAAUGAGACAUGUUUCCCAGCCAGAUCAUAGGAAAUUACUGGGUUUAGCACUUACUAAUUUAUUAACGACUCAAAGUACGCCCGUUUUUGAACGAUUUGGGUUAGUUAUGUUAAACAUAUUAGAGACUUUAAAUGACAUUACCAGAACGGAAGAUAACGGAGUAAUAGUAGAUUCCCUAGUUUUAACAGAAGGCCAGAGUCCGAGCGACUUCGAAGACGAAGACUGCUACUAUGAAACAGAUCAUAAUCAAAGAAGGAAACAGCUUAUUUUGUCAGAUCCUGUGCACACGAUUGUCUUAAAGGACUAUCUCCAAUCGCAACUGGUGCAGCUGAAAACACAAGUUGGCGAGCAGCAAUACGGGUUUUUGUUGCAGACUGUAGACCAAGAUACGCUAUCACAGCUUAAAGAUUAUAUAAUGUUAUAAAUAUUGACAGAACAUUAUAAUGUAUAGUGUUACUUUUUGAAGGAAACCUCGAUAGAAUAUACUUUUUUUUUAAUUUUGUGUCUAUCACAGUGGUAUAGGUUGAAACCUUUUAUGGACAUUAGUUUUUUUUCCUCAAACUUCGUUAAUACAUUUGAUAUGAAAACUAUUUCACAUUUUGCACUUUAUAAAAAUAUGUUGGCGCUGAAAAUAAGAGUCGUGAGUAAUGAUUUUUUUGGAAUUUUAAGAAUAGUAUCUUCUACUAUUUUAUAUUCAGUUUAUAGUAAAAUUGAAGAAUAUUUGCGUUACCACUGUGCACAUUUGUAAAACUGUAAAAAAAAGUGAUCAGACUGAUCGUAUUUUAAUUUAAGUUACACACAUUAAAUUCUAGGCACCUGUAAAAAUGUUAUUGUUUAUUGAUUAAUUUUAGCCCUUUAACAACUUCUUUAUGAUUACAAUACCUUCGAUCCUGAUAGAUUUUUUGUUAAUCUUAUACAUCUAAAACCAUGUAUUGUUUUAUAAUAAAAAUUAAAAAC